AGGUCGUACCAGAAGAAGGAUAAGACUCUUGGGUUGCUUUUCAGGAGUGAGGAUGGUGACUUCAUGCGAAAGGCGCGCGGUCGCUUGCGUUCUACUGGCGGUCACGGCGGUGGUAGCAGCCGCUUCGUACGACCGCGAGAGACUCGAAAUAGCCAAGCAAAUACUGGAAGAAGUGCCAUUGACUGACGGGCACAACGAUCUCCCUUGGAACAUAAGGAAAUUUCUGCGGAACCAAAUAAACGAUUUCGAACUAGACACGGACUUGACAGUGGUGGAACCGUGGUCUAUCUCAAAGUACUCGCACACCGAUCUUCCGAGGCUUAGGGAGGGAAUGGUGGGAGCUCAGUUCUGGUCAGCCUUCGUCCCGUGCGCCACUCAAAAUAAGGACGCUGUCCAGCUGACUCUUGAGCAGAUUGACGUCAUCCGGCGCCUCGUCGACAAGUACCCACACCAUCUGCAGUUCGCUACCUCUGUCACCGAUAUCCUGCAAGCUCACAGCGCCAGACCUAGGAAGAUCGCUUCGCUGAUCGGCAUAGAGGGAGGCCACUCCAUAGCCAACUCGCUUGGUGUCCUCCGCAGCUACUACCAGCUUGGGGUUCGCUACAUGACCCUCACCCACACUUGCAAUACUCCAUGGGCUGAUUCAUCCAACGAACCGCCGGCCGCAAACGGACUCACUGAAUUCGGAGAGAAAGUGAUCAAAGAGAUGAACCGUCUUGGAAUGCUGGUAGAUCUUUCCCACGUGGGUGAGAAUACCACCAGGGCAGCCAUAAGGGUGUCCAGGGCGCCUGUCAUCUUCAGCCAUUCGUCAGUCUACAGCCUUUGUGCCCACAAGCGCAAUGUACCCGAUGACAUCAUACAGUCACUGAAAGACAACGCCGGCAUCAUUAUGAUCAACUUUUUCCCGGAUUUUGUGAAGUGCGCCCCCAACGCCACGAUCUCCGACGUUGCUGAGCACUUUCACUACGUGAAACGGAUGAUCGGAGCCGACUAUAUUGGAAUCGGAGGUGACUUCGAUGGAGUUAAUAGAGUUCCGCGCGGCUUGGAAGAUGUGUCGCGUUACCCUGAACUGUUCGCGGAGUUACUGCGCAGCGGGCAGUGGAGUGUGCAGGAGCUGAAGAACUUGGCCGGCCUCAACAUGAUGCGCGUGAUGCGACAAGUCGAGAAGAUCCGCGAUGAGAUGCGCACAAACGGCGUCGAACCAGAGGAGCACCCGGACUCGCCCAACGACAACGGCAAUUGUACCAGCAAUGCGUUUUACACUGAAUACGUUUAGACAGCCACAAGUUUUGCACAACUGCCAUACUAUAAGUUCUACGCACUUUUUAAUAGCAGUUAAUUAUUUAUUUCAAUUGAGUACCAAAAUAGUAAGGGCAUAAGGCCCUCAUCUAUUCAUUGUGAAAUAGCUUACAAACCUGCUAUAUUCAACCGGUAAUAUCUUAUCUGUUUAUUUCAUCCAAACUCGAUAAAUAAAUUCAAUAUCGACCAAAGCCCAUUUAUUUAAAAAAAAAACAGGAUGCGUAUUACAGAUUUCAGUCGUCCCUAACGUGUUCAUUCGAUAAACUAAUGUUGUUAGUUUGUUUUUCACAUCGACGGCUAUAAAAGAAGUGUACAUACCUAACUUUUUUUGAUCGCGUCACUUAGUUCAGUUCAGUGGUAACUUUUAUCGACCCUUUCUCUCACAUAAAAUAAACAAUGAACUCCGAAUGAGAUCACCGGAGUUACAGCUCCUAAAUUGCGUUAUACAAACGGAUGACUGAAAAAAAUAAAAUGGAUCCUUUAGCUCGCUUUGUGUUUUCUGUCUUCAAAAGUGGCAGUUUGUGAAAAACUUCGACGUAAACUUUAGCAUUCCACCUCGACAAACAAUUUCAUUCCAUUGAUGUAAUAAUAUUAAUGUAAUACAAUAUACCUAAUAAUAUAUGUUAACCCCAAUUGAUGUGUCUCGCCUCAUACCAGGCAUUUACGGUGAGCAAAACAUUUAGUCAGAGCAGCGUGCAUUAAAUUCGAUAUCCAAUAGGUGUGGACGACAUAACAUUUAGUAUAACUCGUGUCAAAAGUAAUCGAAAAUGCCCGUACAAGACAUUCUUUCUCUCUCGCACGUUAGUUACGAUUGCAUGUACGCAGGGGACAGAAUGUCUUGCGUCGUCAUUUGCAAUUCCUUUCUUUAGUGACACGAGUUUGGUGCUCGUUUCAAUAGGUUUUGAACUGUGAAAAGAUGGAAAGAGCGCGAAAGGCAUUCGCAUUUGAAAGCAUGAUAUAAUUCAUUCUAAUCGUAGGAAAACAAUUUGAACAGAUUGAAAUAAUAAUGAUACCUUCUCCUUCAGCAAGUUAAACAUCUUCAGGCCUAUCAUGUAUUCAAAAUCAUCUUUACAAUGCGAAUGUUGAUAUCCCAAAUAACCCUUAUCAAUGUGUAUCCAAUAUAGAAUAAGGUCCCUGUGGUGGACACUCGUAUGUCGAUCCUAAGGGAACCGUGUGUAAGUGUAAUCAGUGUUGUAGCCUGCAUGAUAGAUGUUCUCUAUAAACUAAGCACUCUUCCUUUAGAUCUAUCUCACUGUACUCUUUUGGGGUCACAUAUCAUACUCUACAUUUUUAUCCUGAGUUUAGACAGAGCUCUUAAUGAUUAUGCUAUGUUCUGAUAUUUAAUAUCUUGCUCGGUAACCAAACUCAAACUGUAACCCAAGAUCCGCAUUUUGUCCAGAAUUUCAGCUUUGUCCUUAAGAGCGAUGUCGAGUAGUUAGAAACGAAUAAAAACAAUUAAAAAUUAUUUUUAUUUUAAAUUCAAUAACACGAUAUUAUUAAAGGGAUUUUUAUAAGAGAGAAAACGGUAAUUAACGGAAUAAAGCUUUAUUUACACAUGAAUUUAAAUUAAAACUAUUGAAAUAUAAAUUUGGAUUAGGGUUGUAGGUAGAAAAUAAAAUUUUAAUAAUGUUAAAACGUUAUCCGUUGAAAUGUAAAGGGUUUUUUAAAAUACCAAUUUGUACGAUUAAGUUGUGACUUAUCAAUUAGGUGUAAAAAAUUAAAGGAUAAUGGAUAAUGACAAAUUGUAAACAUCAAUAUCAAAAAUCCAAUUUAUGUUUAUUUUGUUGCUUUUUUUUGUUGAGUGAUUUUUGGAUUCCCAAACAAUGUUUGUCAAAGCCAUGUAAUUUAUUAUUUUUUAAGUAAUGCAUUGAAAUUUUAAUUAAAAUAUGAUAAAAUAAUAAAAUUGGAUUUCAAACCACUUCGACUAUAAUACUCGAAAAAGACGUUAUCAUCGCAGUAAUUGUAAUUGAAUUGUAGGAAUUUACCAAGGAAUAAUAUGAAACUCGAGUUAUGGGAAAAUUUUGAAUACUGUGUAAAAUUUCUGCUUUUUCAGACUUGUGUGUACGAAACAUGUUGUCCCUAUUGUACGUUUAAAACAAGUAAUAAUGUUAUUGUUAUCAACUUUAUUGCAUUUAUCAAGCUUUCAAACUAUUAUUUUCUCCAUCUGACAAUAAUCCUUCACGACGUACCACUCUAUCUGGGGACGAAGCUGUGAAACUUGUUGAUAUUAAAAUAUUAAAAAAUAUAAUUAAUGAUAUUGUGAAAAUAAAAUAAAAAGAACUAUUUCUUAUAAAUUAUGACUGAACAAUUUUUUGAACCUUUAUUAUUCUAGCAUAACUAAGUAUUUUGUCUGAAAUCUGGCUGUUAUUUUGUGAUUCAUUUUAACAAUAUUCUAUUGAUACGAUGUAUUCACUAUAGAUACUUCCAAAUGCAGGCGCACACAAAAAUAUCAUUUUACCAUUGUUUCAAAUUUAAGGUUUGCGUGUUUGCAUAAUUACAGUAAUAUCAAUGUUUCAUUAAAUCAUAAAGUGGCAACUUAUUUCUGUCGCGCUAUCGCGAACAUUUUCCGUUUUCAGAAGUCGGUCCAGGCAAUGGCCAAAUUUUAGAAAAAGAUCAGUAAUAUGACUUGCCUAUUGCUAGGUUAGAUGCGUCGGGAAAACGGCAACUGUUCGCGAUAGUGUAACAAUAUGGCCAUAGCAUUAGAUACAAAUGUAAAAUAUAUAUAUAUAUUUGAACACACUCCAAUAAGCCUAGCCCCUUAAAUAAAGUAGGCACUGUAGGCUUGUAUUAUGGGAUCGUAAUAAAUAAUAAAUGAAUUUGGUACCUACUUAGCUAAUAAUUUCACAAACAAAGCUACACUCGAGCUUUUGUAACGAAUUUUGAAAGUCCAGUGUGCGCCUGGGUAAAGUGCGUUGGCUGGUGCAUUGCUCUUUGUUAGAAAUAAGUAGUUAUAACUUCCUGCAGCAGUGUCUUCUCUUCUCCCUGCAGAUAUGAUGUACCGUACCUCAUGACAAUGCGCCGCUCAACAGCUCUCUGAACUGUUUUAUAUUUAAUACACGACUUAAUAAAACAAAUAAACACGAUUGCUGUAAUGGGU